UGGAGGGGGGAGGUUUUUGUUGAGGAGAGCACGGCCGGAGAGCAGAGCUCCGGGACCCAGGUGACCGGGAAGGCAGGCAGCCCCAGCUGCGGCGGGAGCAGCCAGCAGCAGCCCAGGCCCGGGGACCGGGGUGGGGGUGGGAGGGGGGCUCAGGGGGAGGACCUGAAGGUGGGGGGCGGCAGGGCAGAAGGACCCCCGGAGCCCUGCCGCCAUCAGAGAUCAAGCCUCUGGCAUCAGGGAUCUUCGGACCCAGCAGAAGGAUCAGCCACCAGGGGAGGUGUCUUCCCCCGGGGAAGCCAACGAGAGCUCCACCUGCCCCACGUCAGGAGUGGGCCCCCUCACUGAUGCUGCUGACUGCCACACCAGGCCCCUAACCGCCUCCCCACCCCAGUCUCCUCCCUACCACCUCCUCAGGCCUGUUCCCCCACUCCCAGCGCUCCUCUGCACCCUCAGGUCUCCCACUCCUACCCGCCACCUCAAGCCCAACGCCCCAGCUGCCACCUUAGCCUUCCAGGUCCUGGCCACACUGACCCCCCUCCCUGGGACACCUGCCCAGUCUCUGGGAGGGGGAUCAUUUGCUUGGGUUAUGCCCCCUGGUGGCAUGACAGUAUCUGCCUAGACCCCUGACCCCUUGGCCCUCUGCUUUUGGGCCUCCUUUGUGUGAAGAACACCCCCUCCGCUCAACAGCGUGCUUGGGGGCCACAGAACAAGCCAGCCCCAGCCAGGCACCCCCUCAUCCCAGCCCUCGCCACACUCCUUGUCAGGCAGUUCCCCCCAGGCCUGCUCCCCUCGGCCCCUCCUCCUGGGCCGCCCCGAUGAAGGAGCCGGAUGCCAUCAAGCUGUUUGUGGGGCAGAUCCCGAGGCAUCUGGAGGAAAAGGACCUGAAGCCCAUCUUCGAACAGUUUGGCAGGAUCUUCGAGCUGACUGUCAUCAAGGACAAGUACACCGGGCUGCACAAGGGAUGUGCCUUCCUGACGUACUGUGCCCGCGAUUCAGCCCUGAAGGCCCAGAGUGCCCUACACGAACAGAAGACACUGCCAGGGAUGAACAGGCCCAUCCAGGUCAAGCCGGCCGACAGCGAGAGUCGAGGAGAAGACCGGAAGCUCUUUGUGGGGAUGCUAGGGAAGCAGCAGACAGAUGAGGAUGUCCGCAAGAUGUUCGAGCCUUUCGGGACCAUAGACGAGUGCACCGUCCUCCGUGGGCCCGACGGUACCAGCAAAGGCUGCGCCUUCGUCAAAUUCCAGACCCAUGCUGAGGCCCAGGCAGCCAUCAACACCCUUCACAGCAGCCGGACCCUGCCGGGUGCCUCCUCUAGCCUGGUGGUGAAGUUCGCCGACACGGAGAAGGAACGUGGUCUCCGCCGGAUGCAGCAGGUGGCCACCCAGCUGGGCAUGUUUAGCCCCAUCGCCCUCCAGUUCGGAGCCUACAGCGCCUACACCCAGGCCCUGAUGCAGCAGCAGGCGGCCCUGGUAGCAGCUCACAGUGCCUACCUCAGCCCCAUGGCCACCAUGGCUGCCGUACAGAUGCAGCACAUGGCUGCCAUCAAUGCCAAUGGACUCAUUGCCACCCCCAUCACCCCGUCCUCAGGAACCAGCACCCCUCCUGCCAUCGCUGCCACGCCCGUUUCUGCCAUCCCUGCUGCCCUGGGCGUCAACGGCUACAGCCCGGUGCCCACCCAGCCCGCUGGGCAGCCUGCCCCUGAUGCUUUGUAUCCCAACGGGGUUCACCCCUACCCAGCCCAGAGCCCCGCAGCACCCGUGGACCCCCUGCAGCAGGCCUAUGCGGGGAUGCAGCACUACACAGCAGCCUACCCAGCAGCCUACAGCCUGGUUGCACCUGCGUUCCCGCAGCCUCCAGCCCUGGUUGCCCAGCAGCCCCCACCACCUCCUCAGCAACAACAGCAGCAGCAGCAGCAACAGCAGCAAAGAGAAGGCCCUGAUGGCUGCAACAUCUUCAUCUACCACCUGCCCCAGGAGUUCACCGACUCUGAGAUCCUCCAGAUGUUUGUACCCUUUGGCCAUGUCAUCUCAGCCAAAGUCUUUGUGGAUCGGGCCACCAAUCAGAGCAAGUGUUUUGGCUUCGUGAGCUUUGACAAUCCAGCCAGUGCCCAGGCCGCCAUCCAGGCCAUGAACGGCUUCCAGAUUGGCAUGAAGCGCCUCAAAGUCCAGCUGAAGCGGCCCAAGGAUGCCAACCGGCCCUACUGAGGGCCCCAGGU